AUGUUCUCCACUAUCCGAAGCUUCGUUUCCCUCGAUGCUACCCCCUACGACGAAGACACCCACACUGGAAACGUCUUUGCUGACUUCCAGAGCUCUGCCGCCAUGGAAUGGCCUUCCUACACCGGCAAGUUUGACGUGAAGUACGAUCCUUUCGGUGACGGCCCCACUGCCAACGCCUGGGCUGAUGGAUUCUCCACCAACUCCACGAACCCCAUCCAGAAGAUGAAUGGAUUCUAA